AUGCAACAGCUGCACGUACCUUACUUGAAAAGACGAGGCACUGACGAUACCCACCCCCUUAGUAUCAACGAUGGCCAACUUCCGUGGGUCACCGAAAUCUCUCUUUUGGCCGAAGCUGGGCACCUUCAGAUUCUGAUCGUACUCGUUUCCCUGCUCUGGACCUCAUACCGGUUACUCAACCGCCAAUACACCAAAAGGAUUCGUCAUCACCACAGCGCUUCCGCCAUCCGAUGGAGAUGGGAAGCCUGCGCCCUCACCAUCCGCGCAACCACCUUCGUUUUCUUGGUCCUCGCUGCAGCCGAAGGCCAGACCAAUGCUCUCAAUGCCGUUUGUGCGGCAUACGCAUUGAUCUUCGCCUUGUCGAGACUCAUCAACGAUAUGGAAUGGCGCCACAUCGCCUUGCACCAAACGAAUUUUGUUCUCACAGCCACCCUCAUCCUCGUCGCGGCAUCGGCCAUCUUGCCAUGCAUCGAGGCACGAGAGCCAGCGACGAUCGCCUUUCCUCUGAAAGGGGCUGUCAUCAGCCUCGCGCUGUCCGUCUUCAUCUCUCUCAUCACCCCACGCGAGUGGGUUCCCCCCUCUCUCAAGCAUGCGCUGCCAAAGGGGGCGGUCGAGACGGAUCCCGCCCCUGAGGAGGUUUGCAGCUGGGCCGACUAUUUCCUGACCUACGACUGGUUGACACCGUUGAUCUGGACAGGUGCUCGCCGCCCUGUCACCAUUGACGACCUGCCCAAGCUGGCAUGGUACGACGACCCGCUGCUGCUGCUGUCCAAGAUCAAGGCGGCCCGGGCCAAGAGCAAAAAUACGCUCUGGACCGUGCUUCGCCUCCUGAAAAAGGAGGCUCUCAUCAUGGCAAGCUGCAUCGCCACGGCCUACCUGCUAGAGCUCGUCGCGCCGUUCGCCCUGUACCAGCUGCUUUCCUACCUUGCUGAUCCCAAAGGUUCUGUGAUACGCCCCUGGGUCUGGCUGCUCCUCAUGUUCUGUGGUCCUCUGUCUCGCUCGGUCUGUUUCCAGCAGUAUGUCUUCACUUCAACGAGGUUGAUCGUGCGCGUCAAGUCCUCCAUGACCCAAGAGCUCUAUCACAGGGCCAUUGCCUCGAAAGAUGUCGAGGACGACGUCUUUGCCAUUUCUUCCAAGGACAAGAAGGCAAAGCCUGAGGGAAAGACGGGCCAGACAUCGAGUUCUACCGGCCGCCUUGCAAACCUCAUGGCCGCUGAUGUUGACGCCGUCUUCAUGUCCCGUGACAUAAUCAUGAUCAUGAUCGGUGUGCCAACAGGAACGUGUGCCUCCAUCAUUGGCCUCUACAAAAUGCUGGGCUGGCCAUCCCUCGUCGGAGCCACAGUGCUUUUGCUCGCUUCGCCCUUGUCCAUUUUCAUCGCCCAGCUUAUGGCAAAGACGACGCGUAUCGUUCGUCGGGCACAAGACUCGCGCAUCUCUCUCGUGUCAGAAUAUCUCUCCUCAAUCCGAGCUGUUAAGUACUUUGCUUGGGAGGAUGCUGCCAUCAACCGGAUUCUGGAGGCUCGUGAAAAUGAGCAGCAGCACAUGUGGCGAGUGUCCUUGCUCUAUGUAGGCCUAGGUCAGGUCACACAACUGAUACCGCAGGCUGCUCUGCUGCUCAUCUUCUCGCUUCAUGUAGCGGUCAUGAAGCAGCCACUUACUGCUGCUACAGCCUUUACGACUGUGUACCUCGUAAAGAACAUUCGUAAGAAUAUUACGCAGGCGGGCAGUUUAUCUAGGAAUGUUACGGCCGCCAUGAUAGCACUCAAUCGUCUCGACAAGUACUUUGAAAGUACAGUGCCAGUCGAACAGUACCCUGAGGGUCCCCUCGCCAUGAAUCAAGCUACGUUCCGUCGGAAUAAGCUGGCGACGUUCGUGCUAAGGGACAUCUCCGUCGACUUUGUUGAAGCUGGUCUCAAUGUCGUGUCGGGCCAGAGUGGCAGUGGCAAGACGACUCUACUCCUCGCCAUCCUCGGCGAGACUGACCGACAGCAUGGAACAGUGACUCGCCCCAAAGAUGUCGCUUUUGCUUCUCAGACGGCUUGGCUGCAAAACGAGACGAUUCAGGAUAACAUCUUGUUCAACAGUGCUUUUGAACAAGUGCGCUAUGAUAGAGUCAUUGACGCCUGCUGUCUGUCUUUUGACUUGAGCCAGAUGGACAAGGGUGACAAGACGGUUGUGGGUGAGAACGGUGCAUCCUUGUCCGGUGGCCAAAAGGCAAGAGUCGCCUUGGCGAGGGCUCUCUACUCCAAGGCCCCCCUUCUGCUGCUCGACGACAUCUUCUCGGCCCUAGACGCUAAAACGUCGGCCCUGCUUUGGGAGCGUUGUUUCUGCUCCGACAUGCUUGACGGAAGAACGACUGUCCUCGUGGCUCAACAGCCUUGGGUAGCGGCUCAGUCUGAUUUGUCCAUCACCCUGGAUAAGGGUGAGGUCGUCAGCACGGAGCAAAAUCUUGGCAUUGUCAGGCAGCCCGUGGUGGCUUCGCAAGAGGUUGCGUGGGGGAGCAAUCUGGGUGAGCCGGAACUCGAGGCCGGGAGUGAUGCUUUGAACGACAGGACCCAGACAGCAGAUGACCCAGCUGGAAAGAACCUGGUAGCCCAAGAGAUGAAGGCUAGCGGCAAGAGUGCCCGUCUUAUGUUCUUCAAGUACAUGACGUGCUUUGGCAGCCCAUUCUACGCGGUUGUGUGCCUUCUGGUUAUGCUUUUCAUGAACAUAGCCUGGCUCGGUAGUUCGCUGUGGCUAUCCGUCUGGGUCGAGGCUUAUUCCAAACAGGAGGCUGUCGACAUUACCUUUUAUCUCGGCAUCUAUGCCGCCUUCACUCUUGCCGAGACGAUAAGCUACGCCCUCACGGUUCUUGUAUUUGAGAAUGGUGCGUGGCACGCCGCAAAGAAGCUGCACCGCGACUUCAUCCGUGCCGUCAUGCGCGUGUCCUUAUCGUGGUAUAAAGACGUGCCAGUCGGCCGCAUCAUCAACCGCUUCUCGCGCGACAUGUACUCUGUCGACUCGACCAUCUGCUCGCAGCUUCGCAGCUUUCUCGACUGCGGUAUGAGCAUUCUCUUUCGUCUUGGCGCCAUCAGCUCCAUUCUGCCCGUCUUCAUGCUACCUGCAGCCGCGACGUGCGCCGUCGGCGUUGUUGUGGGCGAGAUGUACACGCGCACGGCUGUGACCAUCAAGCGCCUGGUUGCGUCGGCGCAGAGCCCCGUCUUCACGCAGUUCUCCGACACGCUGGCUGGUCUCGCUGUCAUUCGGGCACGCGACGGCAUGGGUGAUGUGUUCAGCGAGGCGUUGGCCGAGAGGCUGCGGACAUGGUCGCGCGCCGCAGAAGCCAAUUACAAUUGCAACCGGUGGGUCGCGAUGCGAGUGGACGUAAUCACGGCGCUCGUGGGCCUCACGGCGGGCAUCAUUGCUGUGUCCAAGGCGGGGAUCGUGGCGGCUGGCCUCGUAGGCUUUUCCUUGACCAACGCAACGGGGUUGAGUCAGACCAUCCUGCACCUUGUGCGCAGCAUGAACGACCUCGAGGUCGAGAUGCAGAGUUUUGCCAGGGUACGCGAGUAUGCUGGGCUUGAGCCAGAAGAAAAGUCGGACAAGUCGUACGCUGAAGAGGGUCAGUAUGCAGACGACGAUGAGCAUGUCAUUCCCCGGCACUGGCCUGCGACGGGCAAGAUCGAGUUUCGCAACGUGACGAUCCGAUAUGACCUCGAAGGACCCGACAUUUUGACCAAUGUCAAUUUGAAGUUCAACGCCGGAGAAAGGGUGGCCAUUGUUGGGAGGACAGGCUCCGGGAAGAGCACGUUGGUCCUGUCCUUGCUGCGGUUUACGCACAUCGUAUCGGGUGAAAUUCUCUACGACGGCAUGGACAUCACAAAGACGCCGCGCCGUAGGCUGCGCGAAGCCCUCACCAUCAUCCCACAGGAGGCAGUGCUCUUCAACGGCACCGUAGAGUCGAACCUCGACCCGACCGGCAACAUGGAAGAGGAAACCCUGGCCAAGGUGCUUCAAUCAUGUCGAGACAUUGCCUCCUUCCAGAACCAGGCCAAUGGCGCUCUCGAGGCAGACGGAAAUGCACCGACGGCUGGCAUUGCGCUCUCGACGCAGGUUACCGCCAAAGUCCGCAAGAGCCGGUUGAUGCUUCUGGACGAGGCGACGGCGAGCAUGGACUACGAGACGGACAGGGGAAUCCAAGAAGCGCUGCGCAGGGAGCUCGAUGAAGCGGGCGGAGAUAGGACACUCGUGACGAUAGCGCACCGGCUCAGAACGAUCAUUGAUUAUGACACGGUCGUCGUCAUGGCUGGAGGGAGGGUUGUCGAGGUGGGCAGGCCGAAGGAAUUGUAUGCGAGGGCCGGGGUGUUCUAUGACAUGGUCUACCACAGUGGCGAAGGGGAGGAGCUGAAGGAGAUGUUGAGAGGGGACGGCGAGUCGUCCGAGGUGUCUUCCUGA